AGCCAAUCAGUGAAGGCCUUGGCUUGUUCACGCACGCACGCACUCCCUCAACAGUCAUGGUGGGCAUGAGCGUUCUGCGGACGGCGGCUGCUCUUACAGCCCGAUUGAACCCGCUGAAACGAACUUGUCAGUCUUCAAAUCUGCUCUCCAGGACUGUUGCACGUUCAGAACAAGUUGUUGUCCGUCAUGGGAGCCAUGGGAAAAGGAUGUUUAUCAUCAAGCCCACUGACUUCUAUGACAGAAGAUUUCUUCACCUGCUGAAAUAUUACAUUCUUCUCACUGGCAUCCCUGUGGCAGCUCUUGUGACGUUUGUUAAUAUUUUCAUAGGAGAAUCUGA